AUGUAUCCGUCAAUGCCACAGGUAUGGCGAUCCAUUGCACGCCCCUGUCGCUUUGUCGCUCGUCGCCGCCAUCCUGUCCCCGUGCGACAAUUUCAUCUGUCGCGCCAGUGGCUCUCGGUGCCGCCCAAUGAUCCCCAGAAUGGAUCCACGCCGGCCACCGAUAUCGCCGAUGUGGUGGAUAGCCGUCAAUCGCCUCAUGUCAGCGAAAAUGCCGCGAACCCUGAUUCUCCCGCGACCGCCGUCGAACAAACGGCAAAGCCCGUCUCGAGACCCUACGGAUCGGCCGUUCGCAGAGCUAUGAGAAACAGGCAAUCAGAGCAGCAACAACAGCAGAAAGCAUCAACAGUUGCGGCAAUUCCUAGCUGGUUCCGCGAGCGAAAUGUGGUUGCUCAUGAUCCUGAUGGACGUCUGGACGCUGCGCGAUUCCAGUCCCAGGUCGAGGUCAGAAAGUCAACGCCCGAGUCGAAGACGGAUAGUACAAUUCAAGGACAGUCGGCAUCUGGUGGUGAUGGAGAAGAUCCUUCUGCAACGGGGGAGUCGUCUGAAUCGGAGUCCCGCUAUGCCGUGGCAGAGGCACUUUGGGAUGAAUUGCGCGCUUCAGUCAAAGCGGGUCUGAGACUGCCGCCUGUACAAUACGCAGGAGAGCCACCAGCCAAAAAAUCCCAUCUGGUCCUUCAAUAUCCUGGCCCUGACGGCAUCAUAUUCUUGGACGCGGUGGUUCAACGCCUUGCCCACGAGCUGGAUGCCGACCUUGUCACUCUCAAUGCCCAGGACUUGGCUCAGCUUCUGAGUGAGCAAGAUCUUGCAGAGGCCGGCGCGACUUCCACGAUUCGAUCUCUAGGCUAUGAGGUCCAUCGGCCUCCAGUCACUGCUUGGCCAGAGCCUAAUGAGGGCGAAGGAGAGGGAGAUGACGAUAUCGCGGAGAUCGCUGGUGCCCAUGGGAUACGUCCUGAAGUCAGUACACCGCGAUUCAUCACAAUUGAAGCCAGCAGAGAUUCCGGCGAUAUCCCACUGCCAAGUUGGUUAGGUUUGAAGUCUCUCGUAGCAUCGAUCAAUGGCCAGUCGGACCAGGAACCAAGCAUGAUGCGCGGUUCUGGCCAGCGACUAGAGGCACGAUGGGUUCGGCUUCUCAACGAGGUGCUUUCCUCAGCCGUUCAGCCAACAAAAUCAGUCCAUCCAAGCCCUAAAGACUCGGAAGAGUCUUCUGCGACGGAGACGGAUGCAAGCAAGUCUGUUUUGUCGCGCGAUACCAUCGUUCAAGUACAAGAUUACCGCGACAUCCAGAGUUCAAGGGAAGGCUCUAGAGUGAUUUCCCUUCUGCAAAGGGUGAUCCAAGAUCGACGACGCGCUGGUUCAAGAGUACUGCUUGUUGGCAGUACCUCACAGGACCUUCAUCAUUCCCCUUCACAGGAUGGCUCAAGGAUAUUGCAAAAUGUCUUUGAUGAUAACUUUUCCAAAACUCUUGUUAUCACGCCGGCUAUGGAGUCAAAGGACCUCGAAAAAACAUUUGCAGAAGACCAGAAGAACCGAACAAUGGAUAUCAACAUUCGCCAUCUCCAGAACAUGCUGCGCUUCCGGGUCAAUGAAACGUCGUCCGCCAUGAAGGAUGAUAUCUUCGGUGACCGAGCUUGGCCGCUCGAUACGCUGACUAUCAAGCAAUCUGGUAUCAGAGAUCGCUUCUGGUCUUACAAUCAGGUGCACUGGGUUGCAACUCUUGCCCUGGGUAGCGCAGAGCCCAAUGAGCCUCUCAGCUUUGAACACAUCAGGCGUGGAAUUGAGCUCAUGGAUCGAGGAGAUCGAGUCACCAGCGAGUGGUUGCAGGGGAAGUCCCCCAAGCCAACCGAGUCUAGCCGUGGGCAGAGCCGAGAGCAGAUGUUAGCCUCUCUGCGAAAAACCUGCAAUUCUCAUGAGAAGAAGUUGCUCAACGGCGUGGUAGAUGCAAAGAGCCUUCGCACCACCUUUGCAGACGUCCAUGUUCCACCCGAGACUGUUGACGCUCUCAAGACCUUGACGUCUCUAUCUCUCAUCCGUCCCGAAGCGUUCACAUAUGGUGUCUUGGCCACUGACAAAAUUCCGGGUGUCCUCCUUUACGGUCCGCCCGGUACCGGCAAGACGCUACUAGCCAAGGCCGUUGCGCGCGAGAGUGGUGCGACUGUGCUCGAGGUGAGCGGAUCCGAAGUAUACGACAUGUACGUCGGCGAAGGUGAGAAGAACGUGAAGGCCAUCUUCACAUUGGCGAAGAAGCUAAGCCCGUGUGUUGUUUUUAUCGACGAGGCGGACGCCAUCUUCUGCUCGCGCACGGGUGCAAGCAACCGCACUUCUCACCGCGAACUCAUCAAUCAAUUCCUACGCGAAUGGGAUGGAAUGAAUGACAUGUCCGCCUUUAUCAUGGUGGCCACCAAUCGACCAUUUGACCUAGAUGACGCCGUUCUACGCCGUCUGCCCCGGAGACUGCUAGUGGAUCUCCCAACUGAGGAAGACCGGCUGGCCAUCUUGAAGAUCCACCUCAAGGACGAACAAUUAGACCCCGCCGUCGACCUAGCCGAACUGGCUCGUCGGACUCCUUUAUACUCCGGCUCUGAUCUGAAGAACCUGUCCGUCGCUGCGGCCCUGGCAUGCGUGCGUGAGGAAAACCAAGCCGCGGCCCAGCACCAAGGCGAGGAGCCUUACGAAUACCCAACCCGUCGAACCCUGACCCGCGCCCACUUUGACCGUGGAAUCGAGGAGAUCAGUGCGUCGAUCAGCGAAGACAUGUCCUCUCUGUCUGCUAUUCGCAAGUUUGAUGAACAGUAUGGUGAUCGCAAGGGUCGACGCCAGAAGAGUCCAGGAUGGGGCUUCAUUGCUCCCUCUACCCAGGAGUCGACAGCUGAUACCGCGCGCGUCCGCACAUGA